GAUAAUAAAUAAAUGAGCUCAUGCAGAACCUGCUGCCUGCAGAUGUGAGGCUCUCCAUUCAUUACAUCUUCCAACACCAUGAAGAGCACAGGUGCAUCAGGCUGCAGUAAACCACAAACUGCAACAGGAAACCAAGGGAGUUGGAUCUAAAAAAUAAAAGUAUCUCGUCGAUUCCCUGAAACAGAUGUGCUUCCGAGUGUGAAAAGUUCAUUGUUCUUUUGGUGAGUAUCACAAAUGAACAAAUCAAUAAGGUUGAACAGGCCUAUAGAUAUUCAAAAGGGAAGAAUUGCACAUAGGGGGAAACAUGACAGUGGAUGAAAAGAAACAUUUUUGGACACUAAAGUGAAUAUAUAUAAUAUAAUAAUAUGAAUUAUUUUUUAUUUAUCAAAAUGUUUAAUGUGGAAGUCUUUAAGUGUUUGCUUAAAAAAAAAAUAAAGGUGAAUUGAGCUUUAACGCUGAAAGCACCGACCGGAAGUGGGGUUGUGUUGGUCGGGGGCUUCACGGGGAGCCCCUCCCUGUCUGUGUUCAGUCGGUUUUCUUCCAGCAGCUCAAAGAUGUGACUUCAGUCUGCGCCCCCCCGCCCCCCUCCAGCUCAGAGCGGCUGCGGAGGAUCCAGGUAAGCAGGCAUUCUAACCCACCUCAGCAUGAUGACUUCUGCUCAGAUUUUGAGACUGCCUGUGGGACGGCUGUGAGGACCAACUGCCAGAAUGCUAUGUGUAUGAGGUGGAAUUGUGGCCCCCGGCGGCAUGUUGACAGCCGGCCAGUAUGACUCUACUGGACUUGUGGCUGUCGCGCUCCAUCCCCAUGUGCCUGCUCCUGCAGAGCCUGGUUCUUAUGACCCUGUGCUUCCCCUCAGCCAGCAUGUGUCCCAAGGGCUGCAUAUGCCAACGCGACCCCCACCUCCAUGGCCUCAAUGUCACCUGCAGUCAGUCCCGCCUCAAAGAGAUUCCCCCCAGUCUACCUGUGGACACCGUCUUGCUAAAGUUGGACCACAAUCAGAUUGGCACCAUUCCGGACCAAGCCUUCCGUGGACUGCGGCUCUUGAGGGAGCUGAACCUGUCUUACAAUGCCGUGGAGAAUUUGGGGGAGGGAGCCUUCAGCGGCAUUGAGGGGACUUUGCAGGUGCUGGACCUUUCCCACAACCGCAUCACAAGCGUUCACAAGGAUGCCUUUGCUCGGCUGAAGGCGCGCAUCAUCGUGGACGAUAACCCGUGGCAUUGUGACUGCGCCCUCCAGCAGGCCAUUGGCGGAAUGGCACACAACCACGAGGCGGCCGCCCGGGUUCUGUGCAGGAGCUCGGAGCUCCUGGAUCAGGAGGGGCGGCCAUUCCUUGCAGUUGACACUGACCUGUGUAACCUGGCCAAAAGGACCACAGAUUAUGCCAUGCUGGUGACAAUGUUUGGCUGGUUUGCCAUGGUCAUCUCAUAUGUGGUGUACUACGUUCGUCAAAACCAGGAGGAUGCUCGGCGCCACCUGGAGUACCUCAAGUCUCUGCCCAGCAAGCCCAAGAAACCUGAUGAGGCAGAUGACAUCAGCACGGUCGUGUGAUCACUGCACAGAUUUGUCCGAACCGAUCCGGGCUCACAGAGUUUACUACUCCAGCAAUGUAGUUUUGCGAGAGUUUGUAUGUUUGUCCUCUGCAGGGGGAGGGGAUGUUGUUCAAAAUGUGUGAGUGUGGGGGGAGGGGGAUGGAGUUUUACAAAUUAGUAUCUCAGGUCUUAGUCCUCACAAGGAUUUUUAAAGUCAAAAUUUGGAUAUCAGUUUUGGGUCAGAAUCUCUCCAAUUUUUCCUCAACGCCCUGAUUGGGAAAGUCACUGCCGAGAACAUUCUGGAUCCAUGCAUGCUAAUGGAGACUCUCUGUUUAAGUGUUGUCCAUGAGGUGGAAUGUAAGGAGGUUUGCUCCCGGUGGCAAAAUUCACCUGAAAGCAUUUAGACAGCAGUUAGAAUGAGUUUUAGGCCACAUUUCUUGGCCUAGCAGUUUUCAUUUUGCAUUAUUUCUUAAAAACUCAGAUGUAGCAUAUAUUCGUCGAUGUAUACUCUAACAGAGUAGAGAAACGUGUUCGUCAGCACACACAUAUAUAUAUAUAUAUAAACUUAAAUGCUUAAAAAAAUCUUUUGAAGCACUUACUGAGGCUUCAAAUGUUUACUUGAAAUUAUUUGCUGUGUUUACAAAACUUCUGGAUUUACAUUUAAUUUACUGCAGAGUAUGACGCGCACGUAGAAGGCAGGCCCAAAGUCUUCUCAAAGUUCUGGAAGUUUUCCUGAAACACUGAUCCAGCUCCUACAAAGAGGCGGGAGAUGUGUUUGUGUUGAUGCUGUAUGUAGCAGUUCGUUGCAGGAUCGACAUGUCUGGAUUUUGAUGUUUUGUCUCUGUAGUCACAUGUGAAUCCAAAGUCCUUCCGGGUGAUGGUUUUAAAACGAUAAUGGGAAUUUCUGAUUCUGAAAGUCAACUGAGGCUACUUUAGUCUGGAGCUUAAGCUUCUGAAGCUGCUUCUUGUCUUCUAGAGUUCCUGUACACGCUUGGGUGGCUUGAUAGUGAUUGAAGAUCAGCAGAUAAAAAAACUUUUUUUUUUCUUUUACCGGCGUUCAAUAGAGAGUGUGAGGAAGGAUCUGCUAUGUAAGAGGUUUCCAGGUAGAGUUACAACCAUUGACUGUAUAUAGAGAACUGGACAGAUGGAGUGUGACAUCAUCCAUAGAAAAUUAAUUAAACGAAAUUAAGUGAAUUUAGAACCGUUGAAAGCAGACGUCCUCAGUAAGGAGUGAGUCUACGUUUCUAUGGCAACCACUCUCUUCAAUCGGGAGUGAGUAUGUUAGAAGGCCACACCCCUUCCACUGAAAGAGGGAUCUGCAAAAUCUGUCAAUCCAACACUUCAAACGUUUAUCUACUUUUCAGAGGCACCUGAUUGGUCAGUUUAUAACUUGAAUAACUACAACAAAAUAUAAUAAAAAUGAUUAGAAUUAGCAAGAGGAUGUUAAAAGAUAUACCAGAGAAGAAUGGUUAUACUGACAAAUAUAAUAAUUGAGUAAUACCUGUUUUUUCUCAAUAGAAGUCUAUAGCCUUGUUUCCACUGAGCAGUCUGGUAUGGUCCGGUUUGAUCUGGUAUUUUGAGCGUUUCGACUACUAAAUGGACCCAUUAAACAGUUCUGACCCGUACCUCUUGAGGUUCCUCAUCCAUUGUGGUCCAUAGGAAAAUGGAACGAGAGGGUUGGGACGGAGUCGCUGUUGCCACCCACUGAUUGGCAGAAAGUUAUGACGACCAAUGUAGCACCAAGCUAGCGAUUUGUUUUCCUCUUUAUAGUGGUUUUCUUCUUAGCUGCCCACAAUCUUUUUGGAACCAGUCGGUACUUCUUAUUUAGAAUGUAAGGGGGGGAGAGGUCACUCAGUCCAGCUUUCUUAUACAGUCAAUGGUCACAAUAAAUCUGUUCCUUUUCAAUAUGAAAGUCUACCUUCAGACCAGCUUCACACCUUCAUCACCUAAAGCCAGUGUGAACGCUGUGGCCAAAGUCUUCCAGAGGAGACGGCUAUGUACACACGAGAACCUGCUUCCAUGCACAUGAACACUGCUGCAUGUCACUCCUACCCCACACUGUGUGUGUGUUUCAAUCAGCUGUGCCUAUAUCACUGAUCUACCACUGCCAAAGUCCAAGUAUAGAGGCUCACAUUCUCUCCAGACUUUUUGUCACAAAUACAAACUGCAAAUAUUUGCAACAAGUCUGUUUAGCGUUUUGACUCUCUCCAGCUGAACUGCAGAGGAAGUUUGGGGAUCAAGUUAGUCCAGAACAGCAGAAAUCUGAAGUCAAAGAGGAAGUCUUUUAUCAGAAUUCUGGCCCUCUGCAAUCGUCUGUGAGUCUUCUUUGCUUUUCAGCUGCUUCCAUGUAAUUCUUUCCACUACAUCCUCCUCACUCACUCCAACCACCCUCAUGUCCUCCUUGACUAUGACCCAUAAACUUCUUGGGUCCUCAGUAUCCCUUUAUCAACAGAUUAACAGUUACUUCUCUCAACAUGUUCAUUUCAAUCUACGACCUUCCAAUUAUCUCCUGACACAACUUAGUCAGGCGUGAAGAUGAAACAGGUUUCAUUUAUUUCCUAACACAUCUUUGGUGUUUCCAGUUUAGAUCUUGAGGAAGAUGGGGGGGCGGCACAAAGGUGUUGAUUCACCUCCCACGAGGGUUGCGAUUUCCUCCUUUAACGUACCUGCUGUUAUCUUUUCACCUCUCAUCUUUAUGUCACGACAGCUGUGCCGUUUUCUGACUUCUGACCUCUUUCUGUGCGUCAGUGGCGUCUACACGGCUUAGCGCUAAAGAAGAACGGUUACUUUCUUCCAAUAGUGUUUGUGAUGUUCUUCAUGUUUAGCUGGAAAUUGUCUGAUGUUCUACUGACGUUCAAUCCUUCCACCCCACAAAGAAAGAUGAAGAGAAGUACUAGUGAGCCAGGGUUGUGCCUGUCUGAUAAAAAACUCCCUUCGAUUUAUUAAAAAAAAAAAAGAAAAGAAGAAACAAAGGAAGAAGAUGGGGCUUAAGGAUUGUUAAGCAGAGUCCAGUUCUGAUUCCAAGUUACAGUUAUUCCAACAGUUAAGUAAUAUUACUGUGACUAGGACACUUGGAAGCCACACUCAUGCAGGCAGAGGUCUAAAGCUACGUACACACCGCUCUGGGCAACGCCACUUCUAUUAAAGGGGCCAUACCAUUAAAAAAAACAACUCUUUGAGCUUUUCAGUAUAUUAUACUGUUCAAUCCUCAUUAUAAGGAACCCCAAAUUGGCCCCUCCCAUACCCACAAAAACUAGUGGGUCCUCAUGAUCUGACGUAACAUCGUGAGACAGCCCCUUUCAGGAAGAGUCUGCUCCGUCCCAGUCUAACACCAAUUUCUCCAUGGAGCUAGCAGUGAUCAGCAAAAGACUUUAGAUGCAGAAUACCGUAUAUCUUCCAGUUUUGUCCUGUCUUCAAUAAAUUCCAGCUCAAUCUGAUGUACGGGGAUCCUUUAAGACACCCCCACCCCGCAUGUAUUUGUGCUUUUGAAUCAGUACAGCGAUGGCCGGGCCUAGUAAGGGCAGAUAUAUGUUGCGUUCAUCCAUCUUUGGAUGUUUAUUAUUGUGGGAGAAACAAAGACACACUCCCAAAGGCUUUAGUAUGACAUCAUGAAAUAUCAAGUCAUUUUAUUUAUGAAAUAACUAUUAUUUCAUAAUUUGUAUUUUAGUGCGCCAAAGGUAAUAUAUGAUCAUAUACAUAGAUAUGGUUUACUUCGAAAGUCUUAAGAAAAUCAUGGUAUGGCCCCUUUAAAAAAAUGUACCUAAACACUCGUUUUGGGCUUCCACUUUAAAUCUCUCAUGGUCACACAAGUUUUUACGACCGUUUUGAGUCCUCUUUGUACAAAAUGUGUGCGCAUUGCCAACUAAACCACGUCAAACUUUGGUCAAUCAGGGACUCGGAUUUGAUAAUGACCUAUGGAGAAGGCGAUGAAACUUGCCAAACUCAGAGCCUAGCUGGUUUGUCUGGUGACGAGCCAGUUUGUUUUUCAAAUAAAGAUAAAUCAAGGCCACUCUCCUGACAUGAUGGUAAUCCAUACCCGCCAUUGCAAGGACGCUAGCAAUUGAACCGUUUCCGUUUUUAUUUGCACCACUUUGACAUUUCGCACCAAGUCACUUUCAAAUUAGAUGGCACUAAUAAACAGUAGAAAAAGAAGAAGUAGAAGCCCCUCCCUGCUUGUCCAGUGUGAACACAUGGGUUAUUCACGAACAUGGAGUGCCCGGUGUUUACGUAGCUUUAUAAUUACAGUAAAGCUCCUUCUUGCUGAGCGCCCACUGCAUACCAGGGGUGUGAAGUGUGGGCGGACUCUGUGGGGCAGCCCGAGGUCUGCAGUAGGGGUCGAAUGUCCGCCUUCAUGCUGUCGCACCUUCAUUUAUGAUGUACCGGUGUGAGUUUCUGUGUCUGGUAGAAGCCUUCCUUUAGCCGUAUUGUCGCUAUUGUUCUGUGUUCAUGUUUCUCCUCUGCAAAUGUGGGGGUGUUACUCUUCUGAAGAAAAAAUAAAAACAAAACACGUCACUCCACCUUGCUUUUAAAGUUUACAGCACAGAAAAUCAAUGUUGUCAGAAAGCUUCCUCCUCACCUCUCAAGCACAAGAGAAAGCCUCUGAUAGACAUAAAAAUCAGCUUCAUGAUAAAAAAGCUGAAUCUUCUUUGAAUGCUCACUUUGAGGUGACCACAUGUCUGGUUCUGGGUGUUCCUUUAGUUUUUGUUUGAGCCGUUUGUCAGAAUCUGUACAGUAAUGAUGUUGACAUGUGUUAUAGAUAGAGAACACAGAUCCAAUGUAAAUAGGAACCUAGGUGUUUUGUGAAAUACUUGAAAUCCCUUUAAUUAGAUGUCUUUGAAUGUACCAUUAUCCCGGCCUUGUGUUGUGGAGGCGAGCUCGUUCCUCGUGGCCGGACCAGAACAGUCUGUCAGAUGUAAACUGCAUGUACGACGUAAAGAAGCACAGUAGCCACGGAGCAGACAGUGUUUCCAAGUGCCUGAAUACCUCUGCCGUCAUGUUUUCGGUUUGUUGGCUUCCUCGUCUCUUUUCUUUGCGUUGCUGUUCUCGCUCUUCGGUUUUUAAGAUUUUAUUCUUGGAAGGUAGAAAAAAAACACAUUGAUGUAAAGAGAUGUUCUGAGUAAUACUGUAAUUUGCCAAUUGUUUGUGCUCACGCAGUGGGUUAGCACUGACCCUCGUGGCUGUGUUGUAAAGACAUCCACAGAAUGAAAUAAAGGUGAGAUAAACUG